GUGAGGGCGUGCCAGCAGGGCGCAGGUGGUGAUAGGGUCUGAUGGGGACACUUCCCACUGAUGAUAACACAAGGACACACUCGUAAAGGACACCUGCCCGCCACACACCAAAUCUCCAUUGGGGAUGAGCAGAGGCAGGGUUCACGCCGUACUUGUGCUCGUGACAGGCGUGGGGAAGGACGCUGCUACUGACGGAGAAGACGAACACAAAGGAAGAGAGAAAGAAAGAGAGAAAGUGCAAAAUACGAGUACAAAAACAAUGGUUGGAAUCAGAACGAGUAGCGGUGAGUGUGUUAACUUUUUCAAGACUUCGUUCAUCUUCCUCAUCUUUUCGCUUCACGUAGGGAUGCAAGGGUGAACUCUUACGCCCACACCCACACGUACCCACCACCCAACCCACGCAACACACACUAGACCGCCCGCCACUAGCCCACAAACCCUGGCACCUUCCCCCAGCCCCACCCACCCCAUGCACCUCGGCAGACCAGCGUGGAGAGAAAAGGAGACAAAGAGACCCACAGUAACACACUCCAUGAAGAAAGGCAAGAAGUCUCCAGCAAGCAAGCCACCACCAACAGACAGCCAGUGGAAGGUGAGCUGGCCACAGUCUCCCUCACCACACCGACGCUCACGCCAGACGCCCUUCCCCCGCUACACCCUGAGGCAGCCCAAGUUGUUCUAUCUGAGGGCCUUCCUGGGGGUGGUAGCGAGGGGAGCGCGUGCGAGUGGCGCGGCGUGCGUAGGUGAUGGGGGGCGUGGGGGCGUGUGUCUAGUAGAGGAGGAAUGUUUACGGGGAGGAGGCACCCCAUCGCUUCCCUGUAACGCGGAACACUACGCUGUCUGCUGUGUAGCCUUUGUGCGGGGAUGCGGGGGAGAGACAGUCACUAACAGGACCUACUGGACCCACCCUGCUCGUCUCACCGGGGGAACCACCUGCACUCUGCAUGUUCAAAAGAUCUCAACAGCAAUUUGUUACCUUCGACUUGACUUUCAUGUGUUCCAGCUGGCACCUCCCACACUGGGCCACUGCAACAGGGACCACCUGGCACUCUUCGGUCAAAACAUCAACUCUGUAGUGCCAAGGCUCUGUGGCACUAACAGCGGUCAACACCUAUAUGUGGGAGUGGGGCGAGUGUUGGGACCGGUGGAGCUGAUGGUGACAACACAAGGGGAGGAGCCUGGCCGACGGUGGGAGAUUGAAGUCACCCAGGUGGAGUGCUGUGGUGAGGGUACACCUCCUGAUGGCUGCCUCCAGUACUAUGCCUCCUCUCAUGGCUCCUUUGCCUCAUUCAACUACCUGCCCAACGGCUCUUCACAAUACCUGAACAACCUGAACUACGCAGUGUGUGUGGCCCGCGCCGCCGCCUUCUGCUCCAUCACCUACACUGCUGGUGACAAGAUGGACAACACCACCUUCCAAAUGGUUAACUUCAGCCUCAGAAAUGACUUGCUGACACCAACAGUGACACCUGGGGAGGCAGGGGUGGGCGUGGUGCCAUGCCGGGGAGACUAUGUGGUGAUGGCAGGGACCCGGCUGUGUGGGGACAGGUUAAACGACGGGUCUGUGGAGCCACAACCCACAGACAAUGGCCCAGUGACAGACUCCACCAGUGGCCCAUUCCUGGUGCAAGUGAUGAGUGACAGUCAGUUCACCGGCCGAGGCUUCAACUUAACCUACCACCUGAACCCCUGCUGAGCUGCUGCCCUGCCUCCCACUCACAUGACCAGUACAUGGAGGGUUGGUGAGGGUGUUGUGUGGUCAUAACAGUGACUGGUUAUAAGACUGGUCAGGUCACAGGUUUGACAAAGAGACACACAAUGUUGGCUUACUGAGGUCUAUUGCAUGUCUCCUUCAGACCACCCACUGUCACCUUAAGUACCAUCCACUUCAAAAUGUUGACAUACUUCUGUGUAUAUCCAUAAAGCAUUUAGUAAGGAAUGAGGAAGAGGUGGCUAAGGACUACUGCACAAUGCUGUAAAGCUGAGACACAGUCAGGUUUGUAUGGAGGAUUGGACAUUUGGCUCACUGAAGUAGAUAAUAAAAUUCACACAAUUCAUUGAUUGGAAUAUCAGCAUUCCCUCUCCGUGAUUCACUUAAUUCACUACUUUGGUUGAUGUUUACAGAAAUAAUCUCAACCUAUUUAUUUCCAAGCUGUAUUUAUUUCUUGCCAAAAUAUGAAUUUUCUUUCAAAUUGUAAUCCAAACAAUGAGUUCUGAUAGAGGCUCACUGUCAUUUGUUACUAUGGCUACUCAGUGGGUGGAGUUGAAGUGAACAGUGCCAGUGUUCAGCAGGAAAUAUUACUAUGUGGGAUAUUUAGCAACAGCAAUAUAUUUAUAAUGUAUUAUACUACAGACAUAAAGAAGAGGUUCCA